GGAUCGGCCUCUCUUCAGUACUACACAGCACUACCGCUGAGCGAAGUCUUGUACCGAUUAAUGUAGUGUACAUUUUGUACACACUGCCCCCAGCGACCUGAGCCCAACUCCAAAACAUGUUAUCUGCAAUGGAGAACCGGAAUAAGUUGCAGCACGACAGAGUAGCUUAAACGUUAGCUCUUGAAUGUGGCAACGUUUAUUUGAAAUGGGCGAAGAGCCCUCUAUUUCACAGACACGCUGGCAGCUAAAGUAGAGGUGGGCAGGAUGGGGGAGCGGACGGUCGGCGGCUCUGUGGCCGCCAUCUCUCCUGUGCAGCAGAUGCUGGCUUCGGGCACUGGAGCCCUCCUCACAUCUAUUUUUGUCACGCCGCUGGACGUUGUGAAGAUCAGGCUGCAGGCUCAGCAAACACCGUUCCACCAAGCUUUAGCCCGAGAAUCUUCUCCAUGGGGUGGCAUCAUUCGCCCAUCCAAGUGGAAAUGCUUCAUGUAUUGUAAUGGGCUGAUGGAUCACGUCUAUGUGUGUCAGAAUGGAACCAGUUGCACCAGCUGGUACAAAACACCAACGCAUUUCAGUGGGACGCUUGAUGCUUUUGUGAAAAUAACUCGGCACGAAGGAUUCAGAUCUUUGUGGAGUGGACUACCACCAACACUGGUUAUGGCGGUGCCUGCCACGGUCAUCUACUUCACAUGCUACGACCAGCUGAGGGACUUCCUGAGAUAUGGUCUUGGUUUCCAUGGCAGCCACAUCCCUCUUGUUGCUGGGGGUCUGGCCAGAUUGGGGGCUGUGACAGUGAUCAGCCCUCUGGAGCUGGUCAGGACCAAGAUGCAGUCCCGCCGGCUGUCCUACAGCGAGCUGCGGGUGUGUAUCCGCUCUGCUGUGGCUCAGGAUGGGCUGCUGUCCCUGUGGAGGGGCUGGGGACCCACAGUGCUCAGAGACGUACCCUUCUCUGCUCUAUACUGGUUUAACUAUGAACUGAUAAAGGCUCGGCUGUGUGAACAGUCCCGGAUGAAUCAGGCCAACUUCUCCAUCAGCUUCACUGCAGGGGCCAUCUCUGGAGCUAUUGCUGCCAUCCUGACGCUGCCUUUUGACGUGGUGAAGACACGGAGACAGAUCCAGCUGGGAGAAAUGGACACUCUGGGAGUUGCCUCAAAGAGAACAACGUCCACAUGGCACAUGAUGAAGGGAAUCUGGGCUGAGAUGGGCUACAGGGGCCUUUUUGCAGGUUUCAUGCCCAGGGUGAUCAAAGUGGCCCCAGCUUGUGCUGUCAUGAUAAGCUCCUAUGAGUUUGGAAAGAGCUUCUUCCAAAAAAUAAACCUCGAUCGAGAGCGGCUGGGAUCCUGAAUGCUGUCCGUGCGCCUCUGAGUGAUUGUUCACAGCUCGACAUGCAGACACUUCUAUAAAGACAGUUGGGACAAAGUCUCAGACGUCUGGAUUUGGUUUUGUGAGAACACAAAUGAAGAGGAUUCCCCCACAAAUCAAGGAUGUCUUUCUCUUCAAAUCUGCACUCUGGAAAUGUGAACAGACUGUAAAUGAAAUUCAGACACACUUUACAUUCAUGAACACAAUAAUAAUCUUGAACAACAAGCCUGAAGACUCAUGUAUCACAACCUUUAUGCAUGUUGAUUAUUUGAGUAACUUUGAAAAAGGGUUUCUUUAAAUAAGACAAUGGUUGUUUUCUCAUUCUCUGUGCACAACAUUAAUUCUGCUGGAAAUUGGUGUUAUAUAUAAAUAGUUUGUGGGAAAAUACAAACCCUCUUAAGGGCUGAAAAUACAUCAGGACUGUGUUUUUUUUUCUGAGGAAAAUGUUCUCAUGUUACAUUGCCUGAACCAACUGCAUGGUAUAUACAGCUGUUUACAGUACAGAAUCUUGACACAGUGGUGCAUUGUCUUUACUGCAUUCCCCUGCAUUCCUGUAGCAGUGAAGCAUGGCAUUUUUACAUCUGGUUAUUGCUAUAGAAUAAAUGUGUGCAGUGGUUUUAAUUUGUUAACUUGUAGCACUUGACAAUUGCAAGACAAGUGCUGUAAAAUGAAAUCAGAAAGAUAAGUACAUGUUUGUGGAAUCCAAGCCUGUUUUGUGUUCUCAUAACUGGAGCAAAGCUGCAGUAAAUGAGACACAAAGCCUGAUGGAAGCAAGCCUUCUUUGAAUAUAUAGCAUUUAGCAUUUCAUGUUAUGAUUAAACCACAAGAUUCUAUGAACAUUUGAGCACAAUUUUCUGUGAAACCACCACAACCAGAUCAAAAAUUACAUUUAGAUAAAUUUAGAAAUGACUGUUUGGUACAUGCCAUAUGGCACUCUGCUGAAGAAAUGCUUCAAAUAUCUGUCAUACAAUAAAGAUAACAUAAAAAACUUGUUACAACACUGGAUCAUAAAACUAAAUAUUGAUGCCUUAAUUGGAAAUGUAUCUCCUCUGAUAUUUGUAUGAAUGAAAUGCAAAUAAAUGUUGAGAUGGCUUGAUA